CGAUUUGCUUUUUCGAGCGAUGGGUUGCAGAGUGAUUGAGCUCGUUCGAACUUGAAACUGAUGAAUUUUCAGGUAAAUUUGGCAUCUGGGUUCGAUUCAGUUUGUGUUUUUGAAUGAUGGGUUGUGUGUAUUCGAGAGUUUGCAUUGGAGAGGUUUGUUCUCCGAGAGGUCCGAAAUUGAAAGAGAAUCAGGAUGUGAGGAGAGCUGAGAUCCCAGUGUUCUCUCCUACUUCCUCCAAUGGAGAAGUGGGUGAGCUUCAAGACCAGUUCAACCAGUCUAGCUUAACUGGGGAUGCUGAGGUGGGUAUCACUAGGCUCCGUAGGGUUUCAUCACAGUUUCUGCCUCCCAAUGGGUCAAGAACUGUCAAGGUUCCUUCGGGAAACUUCGAAAUGCGGUAUUCUUAUUUGUCUCAGAGAGGUUAUUACCCUGAUGCUCUUGAUAAGGCUAACCAAGAUAGCUUUUGCAUCCACACGCCAUUCGGGACAAAUCCGGACGACCAUUUCUUUGGGGUCUUUGACGGUCAUGGAGAAUUCGGAGCUCAGUGUUCGCAGUUUGUGAAAAGAAAGUUGUGUGAGAAUUUGCUUAGGAAUAGUAAGUUUCAAGUGGAUGCUGUCGAGGCAUGCCAUUCUGCGUUUAUUGCAACCAAUUCUCAGCUGCACGCUGACAGUUUGGAUGAUAGCAUGAGCGGGACAACUGCAAUUACAGUUUUGGUUCGAGGUAGGACAAUCUGCAUUGCGAAUUCGGGUGAUUCAAGGGCUGUUAUAGCAGAGAGGAAAGGGGAUGACAUCGUGGCUGUGGAUCUUUCAAUUGAUCAAACCCCAUUUAGAGUGGACGAGCUCGAAAGGGUUAAGCUUUGUGGUGCAAGAGUUCUUACAUUGGAUCAGAUUGAAGGGCUGAAGAAUCCAGAUGUGCAGUGUUGGGGAACCGAAGAAAGCGAUGAUGGUGAUCCACCUAGAUUGUGGGUGCCAAACGGAAUGUAUCCUGGAACAGCUUUUACGAGGAGUAUUGGUGAUUCGACUGCUGAGACAAUUGGGGUUGUUGCCAACCCUGAAAUCGUGGUUUUAGAGCUUACACAGAAUAAUCCUUUCUUUGUGCUUGCUAGUGAUGGAGUUUUUGAGUUCCUUUCUAGCCAAGCUGUGGUGGAUAUGGUUGCAAAAUUUAAAGAUCCCCGUGAUGCUUGUGCUGCAAUUGUAGCUGAAUCAUAUAAACUCUGGCUGCAAUAUGAAACUCGUACAGAUGAUAUUACAGUGAUCGUUGUGCAUGUGAAUGGGCUGACUGAUACGUCCAUCGGUCAAUCAGUAAGCCGUGCUGCUGCAUUACGACCAACUGUUCCUCAAGUUGUAGAGGUUACAGGAUGCGAAUCUCCUUCACCCACUGGGUGGAACUCUAGCAACCAGCGCACCAGACAUGAUUUGUCAAGGGCACGCCUUCGUGUGAUUGAGAGUUCUCUAGAAACUGGGCAAAUUUGGGUUCCUCCACCUCCAUCCCACAGAAAGACUUGGGAGGAAGAAGCACACAUUCAGCGGGCUUUGCACGACCAUUUCCUCUUCAGAAAGCUCACUGAUUCUCAGUGUCAGGUGUUAUUGGAUUGCAUGGAAAGGGUUGAGUUCCAGCCUGGAGAUGUUGUUGUUAGACAGGGUGGUGAAGGUGACUGCUUUUAUGUUGUUGGCAGUGGAGAAUUUGAGGUGUUGGCGACCCAGGAAGAAAAGAAUGGAGAGGUUCCGAGGGUUCUGCAGCACUAUACAGCUGAUAACCUGUCAUCCUUUGGAGAACUAGCGCUAAUGCAUAACAAACCACUGCAGGCCUCCGUUCGUGCAGUGACCAGUGGAACUCUUUGGGCUUUGAAAAGAGAAGACUUUCGUGGAAUUUUAACGUCAGAGUUUUCUAAUUUGUCAUAUUUGAAGUUGCUUCGAUCAGUGGAUCUUCUAUCAAGGCUGACAAUCUUACAGCUGAGCCAUAUCGCUGAUUCUCUGUCUGAAGUUUCCUUUUCAGAAGGCCAGACAAUAGUCAGUAAGAGUGAAGACCUAGUUGGAUUAUACAUUAUCCAGAAGGGAAAAGUGAGGAUUACUUGUGAUGCAAAUUCAGCUAGUAGUUCAGUUGUCCGGAGUCUCAAGUCUGACUAUCAAAAAGAAGAUGAUCAUCCUCAGAGCAGUAAAGAGCUCUCAGUGGAGAAGACAGAGGGAAGCUGCUUUGGUGAAUGGGCACUUCUAGGAGAACAUAUUGAUUUGUUUAGAGCAGUUGCUGUGGGAGAUGUCACCUGUGCUGUUUUAACAAAGGAAAAUUUUGAUUCAGCCGUUGGCCCCUUGACAAAGAUUUUUCAGGAUGAUCAGAAGUCGAGGGAUUAUUCUUCAGAAGUUCCAAAGGAAUCUGCCAAGAAUAUUGAUAUGUCUGCUCUUUCUGACGUCCAGUUGUCUGAUCUAGAAUGGAGAACAAUUUUGUAUAGCACUGACUGCAGUGAAAUUGGAGUUGUUCGUUUAAGAGAUUCAGAAAAAUUGUUCAGUUUGAAAAGGUUUUCAAAGCAAAUGGUCAGAAGGAUGGGAAAGGAAGCGCAAGUGUUAAAAGAGAAGGAUCUAAUCAAGAGUAUGAGCUCUUCAGCGUGUGUGCCACAGUUUCUGUGCACGUGUGUUGAUCAGACACAUGCUGGCAUACUGUUUAAUACUUGCCUUGCUUGUCCGUUGGCUUCGAUACUUCGCACUCCCCUUGAUGAACCGUCUGCUAAAUUUUUUGCAGCCUCUCUAGUUGCUGGGUUGGCAGAUCUCCACAAGAAUGACGUUCUCUACAGAGGGUUGUCUCCUGAUGUUAUAAUGUUGGACCAAACAGGAUAUUUACAGCUAGUGGACUUCAAGUUUGGGAAGAAGUUAUCCGGCGAAAGAACAUAUACAAUUUGUGGAAUGGUGGACUUUUUAGCUCCAGAGGUAGUCCAGGGAAAAGGCCAUGGUUUUCCAUCCGACUGGUGGGCAUUAGGAGUGUUGAUAUACUUCAUGCUACGGGGUGAAAUGCCAUUCGGCUCAUGGAGACAAAGUGAGCUUGAUACAUUUGCAAAGAUUGCAAAGGGACAGCUAACUCUACCGCAAACUUUUAGUCCUGAAGUUGUUGAUCUCAUCACUAAGUUACUCGAGGUUGAUGAACACACCAGACUGGGGAGCCAAGGUUAUGAAUCUGUCAAAAGGCAUCCCUGGUUUGAUGGCACUGAUUGGGAAGGGAUCAAGGACCGUAGUUUGCCCGUUCCUCACGAGAUCACCUCUCGCAUAACUCAACAUUUGGGAAGUCACUCCGAGAACUGUUCUGUUCCUCCAGCUUCUCCAUCUCGAAAUGGAGAAGAACUCAACACUCCUGAAUGGUUUGACGACUGGUAGAAGGAUAAAAAAUACACGAAUUCCCACAUUUGUAAAAAAUUUCCAGGUGGG